AUGGAUCAACUUAUCCUCAAACUCAGCCAGUUAAACCUCAAUCAUACUCACCUUGAUCUUCAGGAUGAUAUUUGCUCCCAAGGAUCAUCCCACCAAACAGAGGAACCCCUCCCCAUGUACCCAAUUGGCGUCAUCGACCAUACAAAUCCAUCAUCACCUCUAUCAAGCAACCCACCAAGCACUCCACCAGCACUCUCCACUCCUAGCAUCUCAACUGAUACCACUGAAGUUUCACCAUCACCAUCUCCCCAAAUUAGUCUGAAUACAUUACUGAAUAGUCUUCUAACAGAACCGGAAUACUUAACCCAUCCUAACCUCUGCCGAAUCCGCCAAAUCUCGCGAUCAACAGACGCAGCCGCAGCAUUCGUCGGAAAGUUCCUAUACAACAAUAGACGCUUCCACCACGAGCUAGAAACUGCCUUUCUAGGACCCUAUCGCGAUGCCCAGCGCGGACGGAAAGCCCCGCUUAACAAGCUCGUUUCAAUCACCGGAUGGCCGGGUGUGGAACCAGAUGUGAUCACGGGCGCGAUUCUCGAUGAUUGCCCUGGAUGUUUUGAUUGGAUUCGCAGACGACUUCCUGGAAUGGAUUGCUAUGGAUGCAAUGUGUAUGGGUGGACCUAUGUCGCUAUUGCUGUGUAUGCUCGUUCUGUCGAGAUACUCGAGUACAUGUUUGCUUGGGACCAGCCUGUUGGUACGAUGAAUUUGAUUCUGUGCAUGCCAGCAAAUGCGUUUCAAAUGACUCAUUUUCCGACUCCCUUGUCACUUGUGGCUUGGCGAGAAGAUUUGCAGUUCUUGGAGAGUUUACUCGAGUUGUGGAAGCCUUGUCCUGAGAGUCGGAUUCGGAAAGGUCUUUCUUCUGUGGACAAGUAUUUUCUCUGUACAUUUGUCACCGAGAAAAUUGCUGUUCGACUUGCUGAGAUUGGGUUUCCUAUUCAGGAGACUGUCCUUUCUGAUCUAGAUGGAUAUCGUUCUUCUUUUACCAGUUUGGCUACUUCGUGGCAUGCUGCUGUGCAAAAUGGACCUGACUUUUUGGAAUAUUUGGAGAGGCAUUCAAAGUUAUCGAAAGAUUCUCUGGAUGCCAACGGUGAAUCUCCCCAUCAUUAUGCAAGGCGAGCUAAUCAAGUUGACUCUGUUCUUUGGUUGCAGCAGCAUAACGGUGUGCCCGGGAUGUCUUCAAGAUAG